CGCUCACGUCCCUUCACCUCCGUCUCCUGCCGCUGCCACCGUCGGCCGACAACGCUCUCACCACUCUCUCACCGCACUCUGUACAUGGUCACCCUAGUCGUCCUCUAGGUCUUCCACACAGACCACCAUGUCUACAGGCUAUCAAGGGAACCCGAACGUCCAGACUAUUAGCUUCCGGAGGCCCACGAACAAGCCCGCAGAAACCUCUGUGAAGCCGAAGAAUCGUCAUGGAGGUCUUCUGCAGGAUCAGCUCCGGAGAGCGCAGCGCGCACCAUGGUGUCCGUCCUGGUCGGCGGCCCUGCGCAUCUUCCUGCUCAUCCGAGUAGCGGGCGCCAUGUAUAGCGGCAUUCAAGACUGUGACGAAGUCUUCAACUUCUGGGAGCCCUUGCAUUACCUGUACAAGGGUUAUGGUUUCCAGACAUGGGAGACUUCGCCCGAAUACUCGAUUCGCAGUUGGGCGUACAUCCUCCUCCACUAUCUACCCGUACAAAUCACAGCGACAUUCCUAGGACCCGAGAAGCGACCUGCUUUCUUUGCCGUUCGCAUCACCCUAGCUGUUCUGUCGUCCUUGUGUGAAGUCACGUUCUACCGUGCUGUGGUCGACCGGAUCAACUACCGCGUUGGGCGUUAUGUGUUCUUCCUAUUGGCCUUCAACGCGGGAAUGUGGACUGCCUCUACAUCAUUCCUCCCCUCGUCGUUUGUCAUGUAUGCGAACACUUUCGCAUUUGCAUACGCACUAGAGCCGCCCAGCAGCGACAAUAUGCGCCGGACGCUCCUGGCCACGCUAGCAUUCGCAACUGGGGCGGUAGUGGGCUGGCCGUUCUCAUUGGCAGUCGCUAUCCCAUUCGUGUUCGAGGAACUCUUCGUCAGCGGUACUGACAAGGUCACGUCUGAGGCUAAAACCUCGUGGCUCGUCGGUAGGUGGAAGCGGAUGAUUACUUCCGCGGCAACUGCACUGCUGCUCUUGGUCCCCGUGGUCGCCCUGGACACCCUCUUCUACGGGAAGCUGACCAUCGUGCCUUGGAACAUUGUCAAGUACAAUGUCUUUCCGGAUGCGCAGCGUGGCCCAGAGCUAUACGGGACAGAGCCGACGACCUUCUAUCUCUCCAACCUACUUUUGAACUUCAACGUGCUUGUUCCGUUCGCCUUGGCCGCCAUCCCGGCACUUGCCGUCACAUACCGGGUAGACAACAAACGUCUUGGGGAACGCUAUCUGUACGCCGACAAAAGCUCUCCAUACACCCUUCUUGCGGUCCGACUCGCACCGGUGUACGUGUGGCUUGCGAUCAUGACCUUGCAGAAGCACAAGGAGGAACGGUUCCUGUACCCGAUCUAUCCGUUGAUUUGCUUCAAUGCUGCGGUGACAGUUUACCUUGUUCGCGGAUGGCUCGAGACGGUGUUCAUCGCCUUCACGAAUUCGCCUUACAAGGCCUCGCGCUCGACGUUCUUUAGCCAGUUCACGCUCUCCGUCAUCGCCGCGUCGUGCGUGCUCUCCGUGUCUCGGAUAAUGGCACACUGGAAGUACUACCACGCUCCGAUGUCGGUUACGCACGCCUUGGAGGCCGCGGAGGUCCCCCGUCUGCUGAACGUCACCGGCCUCAUCUCCCUCCCGCCCCCCUCGACGACAGCGGGGCGCUCACAGCGACACUCGGACGAGGAUCAGCUGCCGCGGAUCGACCUGGGCCUCAUACAGGACUGGGACCUGCGUCUGUGCGUCGGCAAGGAGUGGUACCGCUUCCCGGGCCACUUCCUCGUCCCGGACGGGGUGCGCGUGGACUGGAUCAAGAGCGAGUUCGACGGCAUGCUGCCUGGACACUUCGCAGAGACGGCGCGGCGUGGCGGAUUGCUCGAGCGUGCCGGCGGCACGAGGGCGGUGCCCAAGUACCUCAACGAUCUGAACGCGGAAGCGCCACAGCUCUAUGCGGACGUGGCGGGGUGCGACUACCUGCUCGACCUCGACUUCCCCCUUCACCCGACGGAGGCGGCGCACGAGCCGCGGUACAUCGCGGACGAGAAGACGUGGGAGCGGGUGACGUGCCAGCCGUUCCUGGACGCAGCGCACUCGCCGCUGCUGACGCGCACGCUUUGGAUGCCGGGCGCGCUGUGGCAGCAGAACAACGAGUUUGGGGAGUUCUGCCUGCUGAAACACCGCGCGAACGUGGCGAGAAAGGAGAAGGCGCACACGGUCGUGGGCCGGACGUAACGCGGUCGGUGGCGGGAGCGAGGACGGUAUCAAAAGCGCGCGCUGCAGAGCUGCACGGUUACUUAUUCUACGUCGGGCGUGCCGUAAUGUUAAUCCCGGUUUAUCCUGCAGAGAGC